AUGGAAACAAAUGGAGGAUUAUCGGGUCUUAAAUCGAUCAAUACUUCAAAGCCUGCUCUCGCCAAUCCUUCUGUACUUCGGUUCCAUUCUCUAGCCGCCCCUGCAGAGUUAGCCACGCGAAACCAUGACAUAUUUCGCUGGACGGAAUUCAUUUUACCUCAUGACAGUAUCAAGCAAUUCAAAAAUGAAGGCCCGAUGAAGAAGAUCGUAAUUACAGCCAGACCAGGUACUAGACAAGACUUUGAUGUCAGGGCGGGCCCUGACGAAGCGGAAACUUGGAUCUGGCCAAAGGAUGAAAAAGACGAUGAACAAAAAGGUGAAACAUAA